AUGGGUUUAGACGAGAGCGAUCAAAAGGUCUUAACUGACCUAAAGAGAAAAAGAGGUGUUAUAAAGGCUUCGUUAACACGAGUUCGAAACUUUAUGAACACAUUUAAUCCGAGAGAACAAGCUAUUACAUUAGUGGAAUUCAGGCAGGAAGAAUUGCCGCAGAUCAGCAGGAAAUUCGAUGAGAUACAAUGUCAAAUUGAACUUCUUGAUGUUGACAAUUUCGAGGAGACUGAGCAGGCUAGAGAAGCCUUUGAAAAUGAUUAUUAUUCUAUUCGCUCGGAGAUGCAAGAAAUGAUUAACCAGGAGAAGUCGCAUAACUCGUCGAUGAGUAAUAAUUCAUUAAAUGCUAGUGUUCCGCACCCUCAACAAGCGCGGCUUCCUCCUAUUGAAAUACCGAAAUUUGACGGUAAUAUACAGGAGUGGAAUUCCUUCUUUGACCUUUAUAAGGCAAUGGUUCAUAAUAAUGAGCAUUACUCGUUAGCUCAGAAAUUCUCUUACCUUCGAUUGGCACUAGGUGGUCCAGCAUUGGACAUUAUCAAAGGGAUACCGAUCACGGAAGUUAACUAUGAAGCAGCUAUGAGGAAGCUACAACAGAGAUACGACAAUAAAAGCUUAGUGAUUCAGUCCCAUAUUCGUGCCAUUCUCGACGCACCUCGAGUAGAGGUCGCCUCGGCGAACGAAUUGCAGAAGCUGCAUUCAUGUGUUUCAACUCAUAUCGCCGCACUUGAGUCGUUGUGCCAACCGAUUGAACACUGGGACGCAUGGCUCGUAACAAUUAUUCUGAGGAAAUUAGACCAGACCACAAGUCAUGAAUGGCAGUUGCGUCGAACUAACACAGAUUUACCAACAUACAUCGAGCUGGAAGCAUUCAUCUCAAGUCGUUGUAUUGCAUUUGAGAGCUCCGAAACACUAGAUGCUAAUGAAAAGGGUGAGGAAGCAAGAUAUCCGACGAAUAGCGCAAUUAUGAAGAAGACGUCUAAUCAUACAGCUACAAGAAAAGGACUCAUAGCCUCAAUCCCCAAUGAUAUAAAAUGCAGCUGCUGCUCUGAACCACAUAAGCUAUACGCAUGUAGUAAGUUUAAAGAUCUAUCAAUAGGAGAUCGUGUCACAGUGGUUCGAGACUCAAGAUUAUGUUUUAACUGUUUUUCUCCAACGCACAUGGCAACUGUAUGUAAAUCUCUUUAUGGUUGUCGUAUAUGCAGACGAAGGCACAACACGCUGUUGCACUUCGACAAGGUUCCAGAGCCUCAACAAACCACUGAAAGGGAACGGACUACAACAGAGAGGUCAAACGUGUCGGCAGCUGCAUCCGCUUUUAAUGGACUAGAACAAAACUACACGUUUUUAGCAACUGCAGUUGUCCUUGUUGCUGAUAGGCGAAGCAAUCAGCGUAAGUGUAGAGCUCUACUUGAUAGCGGCUCACAGGUGAAUUUUAUAUCAGGGAACCUCGCCAAGUCGCUGCAACUAGAAUGUAAAAAGUCCAACCUACCAGUCGGUGGUAUUGGGGCGCGGAUUUGCCAAGUGAGAGCUGUAUCCUAUGUUGAAGUCUCAGUUCAAUCAAGACUGAGUGAUUAUUGGGUUAAAUUGGUAUGUUACGUGUUGCCAACAAUUGUAAAUAAUUUACCAUCAUGUGAAACGCCAAAAGAGGGUUGGCAAAUUCCAGAUGAUUUGAUGUCACAACUAGCAGACCCGUCCUUUCAAAAUCCAGGGACAGUUGAUUUAUUAAUAGGUGGUGGAGUAUUUUUUGAUGUGUUCUCAACCACUGUACCUCGGAUACCAUUAAACGUCAAGAAUGUAGUUUUGAACUUCAGCAAUCUUGGGUGGAUAGUGACCGGCGAAAUAGGAGUAGUGACCUUAGCUGGAAUUAAUUCAGUCGGCGAAUCUUUAGAGGAAGAUUGGAAGGCGAUUAUGGCCGGUGAGGCUUCCAGUUUCGGGCGGCUAUCGAAGGAAAAUCAAAGAUGUUUGGAAGAGGCAGAAACAGUUGAACAUUUUAAUCAAACCACAUACAGAGAUGAAGAGGGACGGUUCGUAGUACGUCUGCCAAGGAAAGACACGGUGAAUGAGUUGGGAUCUACGUUGGCCAUGGCGACAUCCCGAUUCCUCAGUGUGGAACGCAGAUUACAGCAUGAUGAGAAGCUUAGAACGGAAUACACAAAAUUCAUCAACGAAUAUAUUGAAAUGGGGCAUAUGGUAGAAGUCGCCGAUGAACUAGUGAUACCAAAACCAUCCUUUUACCUACCACAUCAUGCAGUCCUGAAAAGCUCAAGUCUGACAACCAAGCUCCGAGUUGUGUUUGAUGCGUCAGCCACAAGCUCGUCAGGGCUAUCGCUCAACAAGGUGUUGAAAUGUGGUCCUACCGUGCAAGAGGACGUAUUCGGAAUACUCACGCGUUUUAGAAAACACCAAUACGUCAUAACAUCCGACGUCGAAAAAAUGUUUCGUCAAGUACGCGUUUCAGAGGAUGAUUGGAAUCUGCAACGGAUUUUGUGGAGACAAAAUCCGAAAGAGCAGUUACGUACUUAUCAAUUGACGACUGUGACUUAUGGAACGACACCAGCGUCGUUUUUGGCUACACAAUGCCUAGUUGCUCUGGCAGAAGAAGCGAAGGAACAAUACCCCGAAGCGUCAAAGUCUAUUCUCCGUGACUUUUAUAUGGACGAUUUGAUGACAGGCGCGGACAGUGUGGAGGACUGUUGUAAAAUUCAGAAAGAGGUGAACUCGAUCCUUGAUUCUGCAAAAAUGCCACUGAGAAAGUGGUGUUCAAACUCCCAAGAUAUAAUUGAACAAAUGGGUAAACGUGAAGGUGAUACGUUGUUUACACUUGAGAUAGGAGACGGAGAAAUAGUGAAAUCGUUAGGACUGGAAUGGAAGCCACUGUUAGAUCAAUUCUUUUUUACUAUAUCCCCCACUUUACAACCGAAAUGUUUAACUAAGCGAGUGAUAUUAUCAGAUCUCAAUAAGAUUUUUGACCCUCUUGGGUUUUUGACACCCGUGCUGAUAAAAGGUAAAAUUUUUCUGCAACAGAUGUGGGCAGAGAAAAUGGAUUGGGAUAAACCGUUGCCACAAAAUUUCAUCUCACAAGGAUAA